AUGCUACUCUACUUAUCAUUAAAGUUUUCACCGAAUCAAAACAAUAGCUAUGGGCCGCUGCUUUACAUGACUAAACGCUAUAACAGCACUAACUAUUAUUUUGAUGGUCACACUGAAAACCUUAGGCCUACCCAUGAUCCUCUCGGAGGAAAUAGUCCUAACCAAAAGAAAAAUGUUGCAAAUCCACAUGCUAACAUUUUCAUUCGAGUCGAGUAGGAAAGACAGACUCUUACAAAUUUAUGCUCAAAUAACUUCCUGAAGUAAAACUUCUCGUCACAAUAUCAAUACCAUAUCCAACAGAAAAGUUCUGAAAAUGAACGAACCUAUCAGCAAAAGGGUAUAGUUUUGAUAUUUCUAUUUAUUCUUUAAACUGCUUUAAUCAAUAUCUGCAUAGAAGCCAAAAGUGAGAAAUUUGAAUCACAUUUUUGAAGCUUGAGUGAUGGGAUGAUGGCUCCACAUUUGCUAAGGGAAUUUUAUGCAAAGUUACUUUUUCUAUUUUACUUCUUUAAAAAUUUCACUCGACAAAUCCCGAGGUUACGGACCGAUAUUCUCUUGGAGCAUGCGCUGAGGCAUGCUAUUAAUUUGAUGGUUGCUCAGGAUAUCAUUGGCCUUCCCAUGAUCCUGGUGGAAGAUUGGAGCCCAACAAAGUGAAAAGUGAUCAUUCAGACCAGAAAACACUAUCAAACAUGUAUUACUUUAUGUAAAAAAUGUGAGAAAUAAACGGCAAAAUGUUGGUUUGAAAGGGUUGAUUAACAAAUAACAUAUUCAAUUAUCCCGACAAAUGCAAGGUUUACCUUUUCAUUUGCAUUGCCAGGUGUUUCAAACAAAAAAGAUGUGUUUUCAUUUCCAGUUUUAAUUUUAUCUCCCACCGAUUCUUUUUAAUUUUUAACUUUGCAUUUCAAAUUUUUGUUUUCUUCACUGAAUUGUUUCAUAAAAGAGCUUACUGCAACCUUUCCGGUAUUUCCAUAUUCUGUUUACCAAGAAGUCGUGAUAAUUGCAUUAUAAACCUGUAGGACUUGUGUUUUCAUUUAAAUGUCAAAACAGAGAGUUGUGGUGUAAUUGGAAACGUAUUGCUACGAAAACAAAAUGUCCAAGCUGUGAUAACAAACUCAAAUAGAAAAAUAGACUUUCUGACGAAGAUCACGGAAUCAAUAAAUUACAAUUGGUACUGACGGUGCAAACUUAUUCACAAAGGUUUGAGUUUGUCGCGCGGUGUUUUCCAUUAAAAUCAAAGAGUGGGUUCAAAUUUCUCUCCCUUUCUGUCUUGUCUUACUAUUUUGUCUGUAGGCAGGUAAUUUAUAUGUUCCAUACAUAUACUAAUUAUAAAUUUCUCUUGAGAUUCUCUCGAUAGAUGUUUCUGAAAGUCGAGUACCUCUUUGUAUUCGUCUUGUUCUUGGCGGAAAAGACAACUGAAGGAACCGAACAUGGCGUUUUCUUUCAAAUCAAGGAAAACACGUUUUUCAGCUACAGAGAAAAAAGCCUCUUUUGGUCUGGAAAAACUGAUUCUUUGCUUUCCUGUUCGGUUUUGUGUGCGAGACAAGCUUCGUGCAGAAGUGCAAACUUUCUGGAAAACCCAGGACUUUGUUACCUUCUUCGCGGCGAAAUGCAAACAAGUUCAGCCACUGGGCGGCUUUUACAGCGAGAUGGCUCUUUCUAUCUAACAAAGGUAUUUGGCAUUGAUGACGCACCAUGUUUUUUGGUGACACCUUCCGAUAAUGUACACCUUAUCACGAACAAGUUUAAGGGCCUUCCCACACUAGCAGACAAAACUAGAAUUGUCCCGUUAAAAUAAAAGGACAAAUUUUGUCAUGACAAAGUUUUGUUUCGUCUGUUUCAUCCGCAUUAAUGCUUUUAAAGCCGUCAAAUUCCGUCAACGCCCGAUCUAUUUAUAAGACCAGCUAGCAUAGUUUGUCGAAGGAUUUCACCUCCAAUUCGCACUUGUAAAAUGUUUAUUAUAAUAGAAAAUUUGUCAAAAUAAACAAACUUUUUCGCUAAAGUAAUUUGCGUUUAAGCAGGAAAAAAGCUGAAACAUGAGAGUGUAUUUGUGGAGUGACGUGAAUGGAUUGAGAUGACCUUAUUAAAAAAGUUAAGACGACACGACCCAUAGAAACUCCUCUUAACAUCAAGAUCAUAAUUCAAAAGCAUAUGAAACGUUCGUUUAUAAGCAGAAGCCAUCAACAAGUAAGACCACAGUUGCCCAAAGAGCCUUCAACAAUUUCGUACACAUGCGCAUGACACCAAGUACGGGUACUAACUGAAUGUCUUGUUUAACUCCAAUUCAGGUCGACCUGACUGGCUCACCCCAAGGUGAAAGUUACGCCUAUGAAAAUUAUUACAUAAAUGUAAUGGAUAAAUAUUGAUGGAGCACGAUAAACUUGAAUUUUCAAGUUCUUCAUUUCUACCACGUUUCGGUGUCAUCCAUCCUCUGCCUUCUCUUCCAUUAUUCUUCCUGGCCUACUGCUGCCAAUUUUAGGUUUUCUGAAUACUUUUACCUAAUUUUUGAUUGUCAUUAAAAUAAGAUACAAAGAAAUUAGGAGUGUAUAUAGCCAAGUAGAAUGGUUUCGAAUGUCCUCGUGGUCGUAUGUUCACCGAUAAAAUCAUUUAUUUCCAAGGUUAAUAGUGAAGAAAUGAUUGAGUUUGAAACCUAAUAAUCGGAGACAGCUCAACGGAAUUGUAAAAAAAGAAGGAAAAAAAAUCCAAGUUAGGGCGCGUGUCAGGAAAGUUGGCCCGGUGUUCAAGUUAAUUUCGGUUUAAAUUGCUCAGUAACAUAAUACUAGUUCUUUGUUUGAUGAUCGUAACUAAAUUUAGGUCGCCAGCUCCAAUAGAGGAUACUUUACUAGACUCGCUUUCAAUGAUGAAAUUAUUUUUCUAAUUUUCAACUUUAUGAUUGUAGACCAAAACACUUCUUCAACCCCUGGUUCUAACCAGCACUCAGCAGUAACCUCGUGCCAGACUCUCCUCAAACAAUCUCCCGCUACGUCCACGGGUGUUUAUUGGAUCGAUCCUGAUGAUGGAUCCCGGGCCAACGCUUUCAAAGCUUACUGUGACAUGGAUACUGAUGGAGGGGGCUGGACCCUUGUAUGGAGCUAUUCCUUCACUAACUACAAUCAUUUUAACGAUGAUUCAAACGCGGUCACUCCAAUACCAAAUUGGCUGGUUACGAAUAGGGUGAAUGUUCCUGUCUCCACAACUCCUCCAUUAAAUGAAACAGACUAUAAUGCCAUAAACUUCUCACUUUGGAAACAACUUGGCAGACAGUUCCUCAUCAAGAGCAACAUAAACAACUGGCUGGUGUGUCAGCCGGUAACUGGCAGUUUGGUUGAUUGGCAGAAUGGUGACGUCAACUGUAAAAUCACCAAAUACGUGGCUGACCGUAGUGAAUCAGCUUCGGCGCCUUCCAAGUUUUUACCAAACACAAACUAUGGACCAAUGUUCUAUUCGAGUGGGCGCUGGAACAGCACCUUUUACUAUUUUAAUAGUUACACGGCCAAAAAUUGGCCUACCCAUGAUCCUCUGGGAAGAAAUAAGCCCAACCAAAAGAAAAAUGUUCUUGAUCCACAUGGUAACAUUUUUAUUCGAGCCAAGUAGCAAGGACAGACAAUGACAAACCUUUAAACACGUAUCUCCCAUAGCUGGUUAAGUAUCUGCACAAAAUCAUUGCAUUGCCUUGAAAAAAAAUGACGAGAAUCAUCUGAAGGACCUAGAAGGUCUUAAACUGAUAUAAGUCUAAGUUAUCCUAUCGUAUUUACUGAGAAAAACCCCCCCAGAAUUCGAAGGGAAAAUUUAGGAUCAGAUUUUGGAGGCUGAAGGUUCAAGCUUGGUUCACUCUCGUAAGAUGAGAACAAGCAAAGCACCAGUUACACUCAUCAUGUGAAGUUGGGGGAUUACCUUUCAGAAUUUUGCUUUCCAAUGGAGUUUUAAAGAAAAAAAUCCCUUCGCAAACUUUGACUUAAUGAGGCGCUAGUCACUAUUCAAGCCGGACUUUGUAAAAAAUUUUUUAAAUUUGUUUUUGUAUGUUUUUUUCUUCUUUGUUUUUGUACAACAAAACUUAAAUUCUUGAUGCUUUUAAUAAUGGCUGCUUUUACCAAUACUGUUUACAAAACUCGUGGCAGCCACUAAAUUAAAUAGUUGCAAUCAGCUAAAGAAAUUUUUAGAAUGAAAUGAAUAAAUAAGAUUCACUUAAGGAAGCCUGGAACAAUCAUUACAUUACAUAAUUGACGUCACAGUUUUUUUUAAUGUUUUAAUGUUUGGAAAUGCGCAAAAUUAGGGGUUUAAUAACGAGCAUUACUUAAUAGUAAAAACAUAUUUUCCCAAUAACAAAGUUUCAAAUCGGUAUAAAGCUUGGUUCUAAAGGGUGCAUACCUUUCCAAGACACUUCAAUUUCUUUUCUAUUAUAUGUUGAAACUUAGUUUGCCUUUUAGGUUAACUACCUUCGAAAUGCUAAUAAAAACAACUUGCAUUUCAUUUUAAGACCAUAGUGUUUGCUAUUACUUAUUCUGCAUUUAUAAACCGUAAUUGAUAUAUUUCAGGAGCUUUCCAAAACCACUCUGAGGUUUUUUGGCAAUUGAGUACUCCUACUUUGCUUGUUCUUCGGUAUGCUAUUAUAUCAUUUCAGUUUCCUUUCUUGCAGAUCUUUCCUUGAGACAUAUUUGCUCUCAUAUGGGCUUUUUCGGUUUCACCCAAAGAUAUAUGCAGAAGAAGAUCAGGGCAUGUUCUUUUACAUAUAAGAAAACAUUUUUCUUGAUGAUGAAAAUGCUCUUCAAAAUGAAAAGGCUGACUCUAUAUUGACCUGUGUUCACAUAUGUAGGAGAGAAGCUGCUUGUAAAGAAGCAAAUUUUUUGGCAAACAAAACCACCCAUUCGCUUUUUGACGAAGGAAAACAGGCAAGGACUGAUGGAAAGAUUUGUAAAACAGGAUGGUCCUUUCUAUAUAGAAAAGGUAUUCCUAGAAUUUUGUAG